AUGGUGCAUAUGUCAACCAGAAAUAUCCAGGCCACCAACAUGUUCUUCUCCUCCUGGGCCUUAGUCUUCUCGGCGGCAGGAAUCAUCACAGAAGAAUGGGUUGAAGUAAAGUUGGAAACAAAAAAAAAUACAAUAAGCCACAGUCCAUGGAUAUCUUCCACUACUAUUUGGCCAGAAGAUGACCUGGAAGUGGUCAGGAUUAUGCUGAUUUUGGUCCUCAGCCUUUCCUUCUUCCAUAACUUGUUCCUGGGUUUGGAAUUCACCUACCUGAUUCCUCAAACUAAACAUACCCUCUUCAUCAUUGUCUUCCUCAGUUUCCUCACAGGUAUCCUUCUGCUCUGUGCACUCCUACUGUAUCACCGAAAGCUAAGGCAAGGUCAAUCCGUGUACUACGCUAGUUACAAGAUCACCUGGAUCAUCUUCACUGCCUACUUAAAUGUUUUCAUCUUUAUUGCCUGUGGAAUCCUCUCCGUCCUACAGCACAAGCAGUCCAUCAGUAGUUGUGCCUGCCUGACCAUCAUUCAUAAAUCUGCCAGUGAAAGUCAGGAUAUACAGCAAUCUGGGAAUUCUGUCAAAGUUGUUUCAUUACCGGAACUCACGGCAAUGCCUCGUAGUAUUGUCCGUGUGCACUCCUCACAUACAAAGGAAGAUUCUCCAAACAAAUCACAAAUCCAAACACGUCGUGUAACCUGGGCUCUAUGA